AUGAGUGAAUUUUUCUUUCCACAGCCCAGAAACGGAUUGUUUGAGAAAAUACAAAUCUUCAACAACCAUCAUGAUUUAAGAAAUCAUGUAAAAGAAAAGAGAUUGAAGGUACAUUCUCAAGGACAGUCAUCCCAUGAGAGUGUAUUUCCAAGUUUACAGAAAAACAGUCAGUACAACGCUCUAGACUUAGUCAAGCCAGGAGUUGUACUCUCUGUAGAAUCCAGCAGUGAGGACUCACUGCUGGAGUAUUACUCCAGGGAGAGCCCAGAAGCUGGAUCUCACAUUAAAGACUCAGGGCUGCACGACUACGCCAGAGCUUCUUCUUCAGAUUCCAUAUUUAAUGAUCAUUAUAUAAGAAGUUUGAUCAAUGAUAAAGUCAAAGUUACUCAGGACUAUGUUGAUAAAGUGCUGAAUAAUCGAUUUCAACAGAAGAAUAAGUAUGUAAAGAUUCCUGUAGGAGAGAACCAGAUACUUGGCAGCAAGUAUCAACCUCUGAAAAAGAAAGCUUAUGAGGAAAUGAAUGAUGAAGAUAAACCAUUACUCAAGGAUUGAAAGUUUCAGAACCCUGAUAGUAGUUUUGAUAGGGAAAAAUAAAAUAUCUUAUAAGAAAAGAGUCAAAUAUUUGCCUCCAAAGAAGGAAAUCAUCACUCCAGAAAUUCCAAAAUUGAAUUUUCAAGAUAUAAAUCAUUGAAAGGGAUAUAAAGCUCAGGUUAGGCCAUCAAUGGAGAGUCUUCCCUCCUUGAGUAAUACUCUCUCUAGUAAGGGAAGGAAGAAAAUUCGAUAUCUCGAAAAACAACUUUCCAAAAACUCCCAUUCUCAGAUUUCUAAUGAUAAUAGUAAGACAAACAGGAUGGUCAGUAUCAUGGAUAUCGAGAAUAGUAUAACAGCUAAUUCUAAAGAGCAAUGUUCAAAAAUAGAUGAUACGAAACCAGCUGAGCUAAAUCACAAUCUCUGUCAAAUCAAAAUACCAAAUAGAGGAAUAAAGUCAAUGAAAGUUGAAGCGAAAUAGAAAGUCUAAAGCUAAGAAAAAAGAAAGUAACUCAAGACUCAAGAAAGAAGCUAAUUUAAGCAAUCCCUCCUUCGAAAUUGAUGUAAUCAGUGGCUCUUCAAACCAAGAAACCCAGAGGCUGAAGAAAGAUAUGCAGAGGAGGAGAACUCAUGUGCAGAAUCCACCGGAUAAUCCAAACUUGUUGGGAGUUAAAGGCUCUAUUCAUCCCUCUUCCUCUUCACAUAUGCAGGGAUCACACUCAUUCUACUCUGAGAUAGACUUCUCACGGGAAAAUUUAUGGUCAAAAUAAGGAAGAGGCUAAAGUCAAGAAUAAGUCUAAGAACACACUUUAUGAGGAAAAUACAGGGGAGAAUAAGAAUACUCCAGAAGAAAAUAAAGACAAACAAAAGAAGAGCACUAGACAAAUAGUAAAUGAGAGAAAGGAUGAAGCAGAUAACAAUUUUGAAAAUGAUGUCAUGAAAAGUGAGAAUAAUACAGAGAUAGUUCAGAUAAGACCAACACAUAAAAGGAAUAUCGCCUCAGUAGAUAAGAUUCCUCUUCAAAAGCAAUUUAAACCGUUUAACGAGUUGCUCGAGACUCAGUUAAAUAGAAACUCUAGUAUUUAAAAAGGGCUCUGCUUCACCGUUGAAUUCUCCUUCAAAAGAAGCAAGCAUGAAGUCCAAUAUAAAUGCUGAGGAUAUUGAUAAGAAUAGAAAGCCUAAGACUAACUCUAGAAGGAGCAAUAAUUCUACUAUAAAAACUCCAACAAGCAACACCCCUGAGUUGACCUACCGUGAUGCGAUUCCAAACCUACCAGAGGGUAAUGCUAGGGUUGGGUAUCAAACAUCACCACCUCUUCUUGAACCUAGCGCGACAUCCUCAGUAGAUAAGAUAUAUGUAGAGAACAACACUAACGGAAGUCCUUCCAAGAGACUUUCACCAUUAGAUCACCAAUACACUCUUCCUGAGCAUCCUUCAGCUGCUGCGAUCCUUAAAGCAGAGGAACAGAAAUAUUCUGCACUACUAAAGGAUGCCAAAGCUUUUCUUGGUCAAUACAAGGCCUCUAAUGAGAAGCUAGUCAAAGAAAACGAGAAAUUAAGGUACAAAUUAAAAUAAGUGUAAAUAUUUGAUCAAAACCCAAAACAUAAAAAUCCUCACCUUAGAAGAACAAGUCCAAAGAAAAGACCUUGAAAAUAUAAGAAACCAAGUUGAGAUGGAGAAGAGGGUUCUAGAAAAUACAAGGAUGAUGACUAAUGGCAUGCUAACCCAGACAGAGCAUUUUCGGAGUUAUUAUAACCCUGUUCCGAGAGAUUUUGAUGAUAGAAAUUUUAACUACAUGAGCGAAGCAGUUGAUCAUACACAAUAUUUUACACCAAAGGGAAGCUCUCCUUCAAAAAUUGACUCAAGGCAUAUUAACUCUGCUUCCAAAAUUCGAAAUUUAAAAGCUGACCAGGAUGAAUCUGUCCCCCUCCAUAUAUCUAGCAAAUUUAGUGAGAAUAGUCGGAACCGAGCUACGACUCAUCAUCAGACUGGUAGGACUGAUAGUAAGCCUCCAGUAGAAAAUAACCCACAAGUCCAGAAAUCUCUCAAUGUAAAAGCAAAUGAAAAAUCAGUUGAAGAGAAUAAAUCUGAGUCUGAUAUAGAAUCUGUAAAAUCUCCGGAAUUCAAGCUGACAGAUGAUCAAAUUGAAGAAUAUAAAUCAGAACAGGAAUCUGAUUCGAGUGAAGCUAAUUAUAAAAUUACAAAGGAAUUCUCUACACUCCCUGAGAAAUAUAAGGGAAUCCAGGAAGCUUCUAAGAGAAGUUUCUAUAUACCACAACAAGAAGUCAAUGUUAUUAAGCAAAAGACUGUUGAACGAGGAACUGAGGAGCAAGAAAAUGAGAAGCAAAUGGAUCAAAAAGCUCAAGAUCGCUUGCAAUCUACUAGCAUUCGAACAAAACCUGAAGGGGUUGACGAGGAUCAAGAAUUUAUUGAGCAUGACCUAACAGAUGCAGUAACAUAUACAAAACAAAAAUCUGGUGUUACCACAAAAUUUUACACGAGUGGGAAAAUUGAGAAGAUCUACAAGGAUGGGACAGUUCUGUGUACCUACAAGGAUGGAAAGAUCCUCUGUACAUAUCAAGAUGGAUCAAAAGAGAUAGUCUUUGCAGACGGUAAGAUUAAAAGGCUCACUAAGAAGGAGUAA